AUGGAUAACCCAUCACUUCCUGCUGCCAUAAUGGGGGCAACUACAUCUGUUAUUGCUUUGGCUGUUAUUCUUUUGAAAGGACUAAGAUUUAGAAGAGUUAUGCUUAGAGAACCUCAUGUUAAUCGAGAGAAUGAAAGAGAGACAUAUAUGAAUGAUAUUCUUUGUAGAGGUGAUAUGCGUUGUCUCCAUCAUAUAAGGAUGAGACUCAUUGCUUUUUAUGCGCUAUGCAAAAUUUUGAGCGAGAAUAAUCUACUUCAAGAGACCAUUCAUAUGUCCAUUAAAGAACAAGUGUUAAUUUUUUUACACACUAUUGGACAUGAUGUGAGGUUUCGAGUUGUUGGUGGGAGGUUUUAUAGAUCAGUUGAGAUAGUGCACCGAUACUUUAGGCAUGUCCUUAGAGCUAUUUUGCAAUUAUACAAACACAUGAUUAGAGAGCCUGACAAAGAUACACCUUUGGAGAUAAGAAAAAGCAGCAGGUUUAACUCCUAUUUUAAGGAUUGUGUGGGAGCUAUUGAUGGAACUCAUGUUCGUGCAUCUGUUCCAAUUCAAAUAAAAGGAAGGUUUCGCGGCAGAAAGGAUGGAACAACACAAAAUGUCCUUGCUGUUGCUACCUUUGACUUAAAAUUCACUUAUGUAUUAGCUGGUUGGGAAGGAAGUGCACAUGAUUCACAUGUCUUAAAUGAUGCGCUCUCUAGGCCAAGGGAAUUAAAAAUUCUUGAAGGUAAAUAUUAUCUUGGUGAUGCUGGUUAUGGAGUUCGGAAAUUAAUUAUAUCCCCUUAUCGUGGUGUUCGUUACCAUUUGAAAGAGUUUAGUGAUAAACCGCCAAGAAAUGACAAAGAAUUAUUCAAUCUUCGCCAUUCUUCUUUACGCACUAGCAUUGAGCGUUGUUUUGGGGUUUUGAAGAAACGUUUCUGUGUGUUAGAUGCAGAACCUUUUUGGUCAUUCCCAACACAAGUGGAUGUAGUCUUAGCUUGUUGCAUAAUUCACAAUCAUAUAAUAGGAGUUGACCCUUUAGACUCAAUUAUGAACAAUGGGCUUCGUGGUAGUCCACUUGCAAAUGACAAUGAGGCUCUUCAUGAAAACAAGCAAUCCAACACAUUUAAACAUGCAUCAUAUGCUAAAGUAGCUGAAGCAAUUACUGAGAAAUUUAUGACUGAAUGUACUCCAAAGCAUGUGGAACAUCGCUUUGAAACACUUAAAACCAAUUGGAAUACAAUUGCAUUACUUCGUAAUAAGAAAAGCGGGUUUGGAUGGAAUGAUGAUUUGAAAAUGAUCACCUGUGAUAGGACAGUGUAUGAUGAAGAAGUCGAGGCACAUCCAAAUCAUGCACAAUUUCUAAACAAGAAAAUUGAUAUGUUUGAUGAGAUGGCUUUGGUUGUGGGUAAGGAUAUGGCUACAGGAGGUUUUUCCAAGGGAGUAGGUGAUAUAGGUGUAGAAGCAUUGGAUGACUCACCUCCGCUUGUUGAUGCUGAUAUUGAUGACAUAUCCAAAAAGAAGCAAGUUGAUCCCUCACAUGUGGCCUUAAAUGAAACAAGGUCUCACAGGAAACGAAGUCAUGCUACUAUGAUUGAAGAUGCUGUUUACCAAGAUUUGUCCAUACAACUUGGUAAGGUUGCUUCUGCAAUAGAAAAGAUUUCUAAAAAUCAGCUAAAUUUUGGUAGUCUUUAUGAAGAAGUUAUGAAGAUGGAUGGAUUUGAAGAAAAUAUGCUUGCGUUUGCAUUUGACCAUUUGAAUGGGGAUGAAAAACAAGCAAGGGUCUGUUCUAAUUCCCAAGUGGGUACAUCGUCCCUUUGCCAUAACAAGGGUGUGGAUGAGGUGAAUGAGAUAAUAGAUUUGGAUCAUGAUGUUGAAGCAUUGGAAGAGGUCCCAAACUUACCUCGAGACAUCCUACAAGCUCUGAACAGAGAUAGUGAAGGGUCCAAGCCCAAUAUAGAAGAGAUAGAGGUGAUAAACCUACUUGAGGAAGUCGAGAAGGAAAAACCUAUCAAGAUCAGGGUAAACUUUCCCAAGGACAUGAAAGAUGAGCUCAUAGCUUUAUUGAAGGAAUUGAAGGAAAUCUUUGCCUAG